GGUAUCGCCCUAGACCAGAGGGCAUGCGCAGACGCUGUUUCCCCACACACGGCAUCUUCAUCUAUGUUCAUCGACUGAGUCGCUUGUCGCUAACUAGCUAAAGCAUUUGAUUGAAGUGUCAUCUUUUUUUGUGAUUAUACGUGUCUUGCAGUGCAAUGGCGGCAAGAUAUGACAGAGCUAUUACUGUCUUUUCCCCAGAUGGUCAUCUCUUUCAAGUAGAGUAUGCACAGGAAGCUGUAAAAAAAGGUUCCACAGCGGUGGGAAUCAGGGGUAAAGAUAUUGUUGUCCUUGGUGUUGAAAAGAAAUCUGUAGCAAAGUUGCAGGAGGAAAGAACUGUCCGCAAGAUAUGUGCCCUGGAUGAGCAUGUCUGCAUGGCAUUUGCAGGUCUCACAGCAGAUGCUCGUAUUGUAAUAAACAGAGCUCGGGUUGAGUGCCAGAGCCACAGGCUAACGGUUGAGGACCCAGUCACAGUGGAAUACAUCACACGCUAUAUAGCUACACUGAAACAGCGCUACACUCAAAGUAAUGGGCGCAGGCCAUUUGGCAUCUCUGCGUUAAUUGUUGGCUUUGAUUACGAUGGAACUCCCAGGCUGUAUCAGACAGACCCGUCAGGAACUUACCAUGCCUGGAAGGCAAAUGCAAUUGGUCGUAGUGCAAAGACUGUGAGAGAAUUCUUGGAGAAGAAUUACACAGAUGAAGCCAUUGCUGGGGACAAUGAGGCAAUCAAGUUGGCUAUCAAAGCUUUGCUUGAGGUUGUCCAGUCAGGAGGAAAGAAUAUUGAACUAGCUGUUAUCAGACGGAAUCAGCCACUGAAGAUUUUGGAAUCCAAGGAAAUUGAGAUCUUGGUGGCUGAGAUCGAGAAGGAAAAAGAGGAGGAGCAGGAGAAGAAGAAGCAGAAAAAAUCUACAUGAAGCAGUUAAUUAAGAGUUUCUCUUUAUUGUAAUUGGAUGACAAUAGAAUAAGGGUUCACUCAUU